GCUGACGUGUGUAGAGUUCAACACUCAUGUGGACAUGACAUCACAGGGGCAGAAACAGAAACCCACUCACUGGCUUCCUUGUCAGUCUGCUCCCCCUUCGCUCUCUCACACACAGGCACACAGUUACAGGACACACAGAACACUGUCUCGUGCACUCCUACGGUUUACAUAGUACCUUGUCUGUUUCGCUAGCUCUACUACAGAGUCAUUGUGGACAGAUUACCUUGGACAAAGCACCAGGGACCCAGAGCCUUAGACCUCUCCUUUCCUCUAGUCUCCUUAGUAGGACCAGGCUGAAAAUGGGCAAGGCACUCUGUAUCAUGGUUCCCGUGAAAGGAAUGUUUGACUGUGGCCAGUGCUAUCAGAUAGAUAUGGGGGAAUUGGUGGGCAUCAUCGCCUGUGACAUCAUCCUGACCCUCCUCAUCGCUCUCGCAGUGUUCUGUUUUGCUUCAUUGCGGAAGAAGAGGAGUCAACAGGAAUCCAGACUGGAGGGUAAAGGGAAAACACUCACAGCAUCAAAAAGGAAGACAGUAGAAAUCACAGAGUCUCCCUACCUGGAGCUGCAUGGAAUUCAGUCAGACGUGUACAGUGAUCUCCAACAGUUUCGGAAAUGAGACUACUUUUUUGAAUGGACUGCAUGUAUCUUGCUGCCUGGUGCUUAAAUCUGACAAGGACUGAAAUUUGCACAUCUGGGAUUUAUAUUUAUACUCAUCUCCUCACUGUUAUCUUUCAACUUUUGUGUGUCUGUCUAAUUGUACAGUUAAUAGAAUAGCAUAAGACACAUUCAAGAGAUAUUGUAUAUAUUUGACAUAAAUAGACCUGUUUACGUUUGUUUAAUAGGAUACCUUUUAUAGUGUUUUUAAAAAAAUCAUUUACAUGCAAUUACAUUGCAUUAUACAUCUGUAAUUUCUGUUGAUUAAUGGGGUUAUUUUAUUCUAUAUUUCAUAAGCUCAUCAUUUGUAUAUUACCAGAAACAGUUCAUGGAAGCACCAUUAAUAUUGCCCACAGGAUGUUGGUGGCACCUUAAUUGGGGAGGACUGGCUCAUGGUAAAGGUUGAAGCCGGAUAGGUGGAAUAGUAUCAAACACAUGGUUUCUAUGGGUUUGAUGACAUUCCAUUUGCUCCUUUCCAGACAAUUUUAUGAGCCGUCCUCCCCUCAGCAGCCUCCACUGAUAUUGCCUAUUAUUAAUAUUAGUCAUAUGGUCUGAAAAACUAUUAGUCAACUGGGAUGAAAAACUUCCAGAAGAUAUUUUAAGUUGAGUUUCUGUCUGCUCCUUGUUAGUCAUAAGAUGGAGUCCCUUACUCACUAUAAACACCAUGGUUGUGGUCAAUUCAUAAUAAUGUUAAGAUAAAAAAAGACUCUACAUCCUCUUUGAAAAUAAUAAGAAAUGAAUAUGAAUGGGACUAUUAAUAAUUGCCUAUGCCUGGAAUGUGUUCGCCCGGGCCGAUGUGGGGACUUUAGGUGUUAAAUAAAUAAAAUCAAACGAUUUUGGAGCCCAGUGCUGUUUAUUGUAUUGGUGAGGUUGCUACAUAUCAAAUAGAUUGUUCAUUGCUUUUAUUCACAACUAA